UGUGUCACAUUCGGCAUCGGCAAUCGGCAUGUAAACAUAACCCAACUUUAUGUUUUCUAGACAACUAUUUUAUAUUCACAGAAACAUUUUUAAAAACUGGUCCAAGAUGAGUACAUUUGCACAGAAAUUAAACCCCAUUACAGGAACCAUUGAUUGGGUUGUUCAGGAUGCCAACUACGACUAUCAUCAAGAAAUUGCGAGAGCAGCCUUUGCAGAUAUGUUACAUGAUACUGAAAGAAACCAAAAGUAUGAACAAGCAUUGAAGAUAGCUAUUGAUAAAGUACAUUCGAAUGGCAACAAAGCUAAUGUUUUAGAUAUUGGAACAGGUACAGGUCUGCUAAGUAUGAUGGCAGUUAGAAACGGAGCUGAUUCAGUAACAGCUUGUGAAGCGUUUAAACCAAUGGGUGAAUGUGCAAAACAAAUAAUUGCCCAAAAUGGUUAUGCCGACAGAAUAAAAGUCAUCCCCAAAAUAUCUUUUGACGUAACUGUAGGUGAAAAAGAAGACAUGGAAAAAAGGUGCAAUAUCUUAGUAACUGAAGUAUUUGAUACUGAACUGAUAGGUGAAGGAGCCCUGAAUAUCUUUCUACAUGCAGUUGAAAAUUUGUGUGAGUCUGACUGUAUUAUUAUACCUCAGUCUGCAAAUUUGUAUGUCCAGGUAGUGGAGUCACCUGCAGCUCAAAAUUGGAAUAGGGUUAAGGAUGUAUUUUGUGAUGAGGGAAAACUUCUUCUUAAAGUACCAGAAUCCAUCAAAAACUGCGCAGGAUCCUCAGCAGUACACGACAUUCAACUAAGCCAAUUCCCUCGGACUUCAUUCAACACCAUAAUAUCUCCCACUCCUAUCUGCACAUUUAACUGGUCAUCUUCACUACCUUUUAAGAGACUACACUCUAUAGAAACUAGAAUAGAACGAGAUGGGAAGGCUCAAGUGGUGUUUAUGUGGUGGGACCUCCAAAUGGACUGUGAAGGGAAGGUGUUGUUAAGUUGUGCACCUAUCUGGGCACAUCCUGACGGUAGGAACAAGUCUGCUGAGGAGAUACCUUGGAGGGACCAUUGGAUGCAAGGCGUAUAUUACUUACCAAAAGAAAUAGAUGUGAAGAAAGACGAAAAAUACAUAGUACACUGUGGAGUAGAUGAAUAUUCUUUGUGUUUUAACAUGGAAAAUGUUAAGAGUAAUGUUAUAACAAGUACACUAGACCCCCCUGUUUGUAAUUGUGGAUUACAUAUUAGCUUUUCAAGAACUAGGAUAGGACAAAUGAGCGAUUCUAGGAGGAUAAAAAAAUAUGUAGCACUUUUCGAAGAACAUUUAGACAAAGAUAGUUCAAUUUUAGUUUUAGGAGAUAGCUUUUACUCUGCCUUAGCUGCUGUUAAGUUAGGAGUGAAAAAAAUGUACUUUUUAGAGUCAAAUAAGAUGUCUCGAGGUAUAUUAUUAGAUUAUAUCAAAGCAAAUGACCUAGAAAAUAUAAAGAUAAUAGAAUCAUUAGAAGAAUUGAAAGCGACAGAUUUAAGUGAUGUAAAUGUAGUACUAGCAGAACCGUAUUUCACUAGCAGCAUUUUACCAUGGGAUAAUCUACGGGUUUUGUAUUUAUUUAGGGAGAUAAGAGAUCAGUUGUCCCGUGACGUUAGUAUAUUUCCAAAAAAAGCGGUGAUCAAGGCAGUUCCAGUACAUUUUAAGGAUUUGUAUAAGAUUCGCAGUCCUUUGGAUACUUGUGAGGGAUUUACAAUGGGUGCAUUUGAUAAAUUGAUUGAGCGGUCGAGUAAGGUAGACGAUAUUGUAGAAGCUCAGCCUCUAUGGGAGUAUCCUGGUAUAGCUCUAAGUGAAGGACAUGAACUGUUUUCAUUUAAUCUCAUUAAUUCAAUUGAGCAAGCUGAAUACGAUGGAUCAUUUAAUAUCAAAAGUGAUCUGGUGUGUAACGGUAUCGCCGUAUGGAUUGACUGGUACCUCACUGACUCCACGAAGAGCAACAUCACGACAGGACCUAUUUCUCCUGUGGUUGUCGGAGAAAAAAUCGAUUGGGAUAUGCAUACACGACAGGGCGUUACCUUAUUCCCGGGAAAACUUGCAACGCAAAUAGAUUUUUCCUUCAGGAUAGACUUUAAAGAAGGAAAUAUAGUCUUUAAGUGCAAUUAAAAUAAACGAAAACAUAUUUCCUACACAGAGUGUGCCAAAAGUACCGGAAAGGUAAAAUAAUUUAAGAAGUGAACAUCGGAUCGAAACACUGAAAACGCGUGGACAAUAUUUUUCAAAAAUCUAUCGAAUGACACCAAAUACGAGCCCCCAGACCACCCCUUGGAGGUGCGGUGGGGUACCUUUAAAAUCUUAAAUAGGAACCCCCAUAUUUAUUGCAGAUUUGCAUUCCUUACGUAAAAAUAAGAAACUUUUAUUCGAGACAUUUUUCGAAUUGUGGAUAGAUGACGCUAUAAUCGGAAAAAACGAUUUAUCGUGAUACCCUAGGUAAAUUAUAGAAGCGGUCUUAUAUCUCGAGAAGUUCACUUCCAAAUGAAAAACAAAAAACACUUUAUUAAUAUUUUUCAAAAACCUAUCGAAUAACACCAAACAUUACCCUGCACUUCCACCCCCUGGGAGUGUGGUGGGGGUAACUUUAAAAUCUUAAAUAGGGACCCCCAUUUUUUAUUGCAGAUUUGUAUUCCUCAUGAAAAAAUAAGUAACAUUUAUUCUAACAUUUUUUUGGAAUUGUUGAUAGACGGCGCUAUAAUCGGAACAAUACGAUUUAUUAGAGCCAUCUAUCAACAAUUCUAAAAAAUGUCUCGAAUAAAAGUUGCUUAUUUUUACGCAAGGAAUCGAAAUCUGCAAUAAAAAAUGGCGGUUCCUAUUUACGAUUGUUUCCCCACCCCAAUCCAGGGGUGGAGUAAGGAGUCGUGUUUGGUGUCAUUCGAUAGGUUUUUGAAAAUAUUAAACAGGCGUUUUUUGGUUUUCAUUUGGGAGUGUAUUUCUUGAGAUAUUAGAGAGUUUCUAUAAUUUACGUAGGGUAUCACGAUAAAUCGUAAGAAAUCCAAGUCUUAAAUAAAAAUGGGGGUUCUUAUUAAGAUUUUAAAGUUACCCCACACCCUACCUCCAGGUGAUGGAGUGGAGGGUCGUGUUUAGUGUCAUUUGAUAGAUUUUUGAAAUUUUGAACAAGUAUUUUUCAGUUUUUCGAUCCGAUGUUCAUUUCGCGAAAUAUUCGACCGUCGCGGUACUUUUAGCAUCCCCUUGUUAAAAUAAAAUCAAUGAUCACUUAUGAUUUUUAAUUUUUAGUUGGAAUCUGCUACCAGUGCAAUUCAAAUAAAGAAAAAUAUUUUUUA